CUCCCUUCUGUAUGAAGCAAGUAAACUAAUGAUUUUUGCUUUACAUGCUUCUUCCGGCUGUUCAACUGCGGCCGCUAUUUCUUUCCAGGCAUCCACUUUUAAAUUUUUGUUAUAAUAGUUUUCAUUCCUUGGAUUCCACAGCACUUCAUAAUUUUUAUAAAUCUCUAUCAAUAACAAUGAACUUUCAUCUGACCACUGCGCCAUUUUAAACAAGACUAAAUGCUCGCGAGCACGUCAAGAACAGGAAGGUUAAACUAAAAACACGUCCCAAUCGAGCACGCGAAUCCCUUUGUGCUCGUCACAAAAACCGACUUUUGACGGAGCGAGCGAGCACACUGCGAACCUGUUCGCUUCGUGCUCGCGGCGCCGUCCCAAUUGUCCGAAUUUGUUGCAUUUACACGUUACAUUACAUGCUCGGUUCGGCAGAUGUAUACGCACCUUAACAGACCAAGAUGGAUGUUGAAAAAUUAAUUAAUUUAAUUUAUGAAAAAAAGCCUCUGUGGGAUAUGACCGACAAAUCAUAUCACAUGAGAGACAUACAAAGAAAAUUGUGGCAAGAAGUGGCAGUUGAAAUGAAUACUAAGGUUGAUGAAGUAAAAUCAAAAUGGAGGGGGCUGCGAGACACAUUUCGAAAGGAAUUCAACAAGUCGAAAAAACAGAAAUCUGGAGAUGGUGCAGAAUCGGUAGUUACCUCCAAAUGGCCAUAUUAUAAAAUACUGUUGUUUUUAUCUAAAACUGUUGAACGACGUAAACUGCAUGGAAAUAUAUCUCCGCAAAAGGAAAACAAUGACAACUCUUCUUCCGAGACAGAAUCGACAUUGGAAGCUGCAGACAAUGCAUACUCUGACACUCAAUCCACCAUUCAAGAGUCAUCACAGCAAAUUGUAAAUACAGAUAUUCACCAGCCAUCCACAUCUGGUAACAAGGUAACAAGUACAUUCAAUACACCUAGUAGUUCAACUUUGCAAAGUAAGAAAAACACAAACAAUCGUCUAAAAUAUGCUAAGAAUUCCGAGACAAAUUCAAUGGACGAAAAGUUCCUCGAAAUAGAAAGAGCCAAAUUGGAAAUAUUGUCUCAACAUAAAAAUAGAGAAGGCGGUGAUAGUGAACACCAAUUCCUACUAAGUCUCCUGCCAUUUUUAAAGGCUGUACCUCACAAUCGACAAAUGUUGGUGAGAAGUAAGUUGCAGCAAGUAUUUCUUGAGGAAGAACAAUUAUCUACAAGACACACGCCCGGAGCAACAUAUCGUUCCAAUGAAACAAUUACAACACCGUUGCCUUCCCCAAUGCCUUACACGGACACCGAUUCCUCCAGAGCGUCAUUCUAUUGUAAUGACUUAACACCACAUCGUUCUUCAUCUUUGAAAAAUACAGUAUCUUCCGGGGUCUCACAAUAUUCAAGUGAAAUAAGAGAAGAUGUUUCCUAUCAACAGCCGUUGUCCAUUCAGAACUAUGUUUCUCACUUCAGCGCAUAAAACAAUGUAUUUCUUUUCUUUGUAUUUUUAAAUAAUAUAAUUCAAAAUGUUGCAACUACUGUAUUUAUAACUUACCUUAUAGUCACACUCAAUCGUUCUUCUGGCGAAAUGGUCUCACGGAAAUUCGACAUUUUUUUUAUUGGUUCCCUUAUGGCAUCUAAAAUAUAGUUAAAUGUAUCCUGAUUCAUGCGAUAGUAAUCAAAAAACUUUUUCUCGUCCUUCUUCAAAUCAUCAUAUAAAUGAUGAAAUUCUCCGAAUUCUUUUCGUUUUACUAAUAUGUCAUUAACCCAACACUUUUUUCUUUUUAAUU